AUGGGUUUCGACCCUUUUGGAUUGGAAGCGAAAAAGAAGAGAGACUUAGCCCAUUUGGGGUUUGAUAGAGAAGAUGGAGAGGAUAGUAGUUUCAUGGCCAUGGCUUGGCCUUUCAUUUCUGUUUUUUGGGCAAUGAAUGAUUCGGUACUUUAUCCAUUUGGUGACCACUCUUUUUUAUGGGUCAAAGGGUUAAUGAUGAAGACUGCCGUUGCAAUACUAUUUGUGCUAGGGCUGGCGUUCUUGCAUCUUCAAGUUGAUGCUAAGAGGCUUUUCUUGAAGGAGAUGAAGGCAGAUGAUCAACCUGGAAAAGUGGGCACGUACGGUAAUCCAGUGACAGGCUCAGUGCCAGCAGUUGAUACCAAGAACGAUAAUGCAUCUAGCAACAGUUCUAUUAGCAACAACGAUGGCAGCACUGAUGAUGAGACAAACAGCAGUUACGGAAACUAUGGCAAUUCUGCUGGAUCAUCAACCGAAACUCACCAUUCUUUUACCAAUGAUUGCAACCCUAAGAAAGGUUGUUGA